GAACUUGCCUGAUACUAUACCUACGAAGGGCCAGUUAAACCUGAUACGGCCGGUAGUCUAACCCUUUCUUUUUCGGUUAAUUGAGGUUUAAUUGACUCCACUAUUCGAAGCUAGAGAGAGAAAUUCUUACGGUUUUCGGCAUCUAUUUAGAAGUUUAGACUCUUUGCUGUCUUACCACAUGCCAAAGGAUUAUCGCCAUGCAAAACUUGUUGCAUUCUAUGGAUUAGCCAAUCGAGCCGGAACUUGUGUCUUACUGACAUGCACCCUUUCCGGCAUGAUCGGUUUUCGUUUAGUUCGGUUCGGAUUGCUUCCAGUCCAGUGUGAUACGUGAGCUUCGAACAGAAACAAGCAAAACACGCCGCUCUGAGGCCGCGCUUUUUAUUCGUCACAAAUAACAACUGAAUUUCAAUUUCUGAAUUAAUCAAAGGUGAAUAAAGUAUCGACGAAUGUAGAUAUGUGAAUUCCUUCUAGCAAGUGAUACAGAAGUGUCUAGUCCAGAAAAUUUUGUUUUCGGUGAAUGGUGUUUUCAGGGAUUCGGGAGCCAAAAUAACAGAUUAACCUUGAGAAACAAAGGCUGCAUGUAAACAAUAGUUUUGGCGGUUGCCUUUUAAUUAUCAAGUGUGACUAGCAGGAUGAUCAACAAUAGAUAGUUGGUGUAGAAAUAAAGAGUGCAGCACAUGAUCAAGAAAGUUCUACAAAGUUGAUGUUCUUCCCUAGCCAUAUGUUGUGAUCAUUAAUUGUGUGACAAAAUAGACUAUCGUUUAACCUUUUGGGUUUGAGAUCAAAUGUAUAUUAUGCAAGUGUAUUAUAUCGAUAGCUAGAACCCGGUCAGUGCGAAGAGUUUUCGGAUCUACACAACAAAAGAGUGAGUGUUCUAGCUUUUGAUUCGACGGCAAUAUGAAAUUGAUGGAAAAUUACGUGAAAAUAUGCGUUGCAUGAAGCAGGAGUUCUCUUAAUUACAACACUGCUUUACUGCCAUGUACCGCCUGUAUGUGGAUCGCAAUCAUUACCGGAAGUGAUUAAAAGAACAAACGGACUAAAGUUGUAUUGUAUCGCAACGAAACGCAACCCUCCUCAGGAUGCAGGUGAUAAUCCUGAAGUAUGUGCAAGUGCUUUGCAUAACUGUGUUUUUUUCCAACAACAUCAACUGUGACAAGCUGCUGCUCCACAAUCAGCAGGAAGACCAACAACUUUAUCGGAUCAGCUCAUGUGCCGCUGCCUGUCUAGCCGGAGGAGAUCCGUCCAAGUCCCUGGAGACUUGUUACAAAGAUUGCUCGGAACAAUCCCUAGAUCAGAGUUUGAUGCUAGUGCAGCGUACGGAUAAAACUUUCACAAUAAAUUUAAUUUGCCGUGAUAGCACAAGCCUGGUGAUAGAGAUUCAAAGUUCACCGAGCAUCAGCGAUAGUGAAAGGUCGAUCCUGAGCAACAGCACGAGCCGAGUGUGGAAACCAAAUAAGAAUAAAAAUUCCUUGAAACACAAUGAAAAGCAUAAAAGUGGCCGUCAACGCAGGAGUAUCAUUGCCAAGGGCGGAAAGUCGGCUGCGAAAAUGCUUACCAGUCAGCAGCCACCGAAUGAAAUUAACAGCGUGGACUUCCCCAUUGGCCGCGAUGAGGUUCUGCGAGCGGAUGGGCAGGAUUUCAAAAGAAAAGUGUCCGUUCCGGUGCAUCAUGUUUACUUGAUAAAAGUGCAGGAAAGCGGAAACGAUCUGGGCGACAGAAUUGUUUACAUGAGUAACGCAUCGGUCGUGAAGCUGGAAAACUUGAGCCCCAACAAGCUGUACAACAUAACGGCAACGGUUCUGAACUCGAAUCGUGAGUACAUGUACGUGGAAAAACGCAAGCAGUUCAAAACGCUUCCGAUGGAUUACACCCCGGGCAGGAUCAAGACGGUCGACGUUGUUGCCUACAGUACCAAUCGCAAUAACAUCGAGCUCUUGGACGCCAUCAUCUCGUGGAAACCGGCAGCAGAUCAAACGUGCCAUUACGAGAUAUUGUGCUACGCAAGUCAUUCGCCGGACUUUCAUUUGAAACCAAUAGAUGUACAGCAGCCAGAAGAACUGUAUCAAUACGCCAUCAAUUCGUUAAAGCUGGAUUCGGAAUAUGUGAUCGCAGUGCGGGCAAAAAAUACGAAAAAUCCUGCACGCGAAAGUGAUCUCCAGUGGCACACUUUCCACACGCCCAGCUGCAGCGAUUGGCACAAUCGCAGCGAAAUAUGCGCACCAGAAAAUGUGGCGAAUUUACGUGUGAACUCACAGCUUUUGUUCGGAAAUACCCAUCAAUUCAACAUCACCUGGGGUAGACCUCGAUUCUUGCCAGAUUACUAUAUCCUUAAGCUAUUCGAUCUCAAUCCUACGAUUCUGGAGGAAGAGGCAGCAAACUCAGUUGCCCAUAACGUAACAGGAGACACUACUGCGGUUACCAUAGAUUCAUUUCCAAUGCAUGGCCACCAAUACGAAGUGUACAUUGAAUCACAUGCUAAUAAUCGCACUUCAACCCUUACAGUAGUGAAACCUCUCUUCACACCACGCAUUUCAACAGAUCACUGGAAUGGCGGACGACUAGCUGUUAUCAUCCUGACCCCUGUUCUAGCGAUCGGACUGCUGAAGAUGUGCAUUACCCUGAUAUGUCGCCGUAGGGCAAAACUUAAGCGUUACGAGCAACGCUGUGAAUAUUUUAAAGAACUGGAAAUGAAGGCUCCCAUUGAUCCGGGAACGAACUUCGAAAUUAAAGCCAAAACCCUUCCGGAGAUUUUUGCACCGGUAGCUAUACCGGGCGAACUCAUGACCCCGAUGAAUGACGAACUGGAAAUAAGCGUUGACCAGGUUAAGCUCCAGGACGUGCUCGGGGAGGGAGCGUUCGGGCUGGUGCGGAAGGGUCUUCUGAUCAACCCAUCGGGUACUUUAACGGAAGUUGCCGUGAAAAUGUUGAAAGCAUGCCCAAGUAUAGAGGAUAUCAAGGAGUUCCGGAGGGAAAUCGAAGUUAUGAAAUCCGUCGGCUCCCAUCCGAACGUUGUGUCAAUUUUGGGCCACUACACGAAGAACAUUGUUGAAAUGAUGCUAGUGACAGAAUACUGCAGCAAGGGCAAUUUAUUAAACUAUCUGAGAUAUGAAUGGAAUCGGCUGUUGAGGAAACGUGAUAGUAUCAGGUUGGCAGCGAAACGGAAGGCCGAAAUAUUAGAUGCAACGACCGAACCGAGCAACGGUUAUGAUUUAAGUCUGAAAAAGCAUAACCUCUCGGCAGCCUGGCUGACUCCUGGCCUGGAAUGUCACAAAAAGCCGGAAAACAUGUUCAACUUUGACACAUCAUUUGUGAAUGAUAAAAAAUCCCUUGUUUAUAAGAACAUUUCCAACCAUGAUGACGGUGUGGAACCUCCAAGCGCAUUGCAAUCAUCAGUUGAUGAAAUGACGACGAAGAUUUUCGAAAAUAAAUUAUAUCCACUGCUGAAUGAAAACCGGGACGAAAGCGUGGUUGACGAUUGCAAUGAUCUAGAGAAUAGAUUCACCUCCUGUACCAAUUCCUGCAAGUGUAAGGUGGAAAUUUUCGAACAAGGGAAAACUGACAACAAUGUUAUGCUAUGUAACAUAAAAAUCACAAGCUGUGAAUGUAAGAAGGAAUUAGUGGAAAAAUUGCAGUCUCGCUCGACGAAAGAUGAGCCUUUCAAUGUGGUAGACAACCAGUGCUACUACAGUACUGACUCCAAUGAAUUGAAAAACGAAAAGGACGAAACUAUGUUGAGUAGCGACGAUUUGAUUGACUUUGCCAGGCAAAUCGCCGUCGGAAUGGAGUUUUUGGCAAAAAAUAAAGUAAUUCAUCGUGAUUUGGCUGCUCGUAAUGUGCUUGUAUGUUCUGAUAAAAUUGUAAAAAUUUCCGACUUUGGAUUGAGUCGAGACAUUUACCAGGAAAAUAUGUACCGAAAGACGGGAAAUGGCAAACUACCAAUCAAAUGGCUUGCAAUCGAAUCGCUGACCCAUCAGGUGUACACCUCCCAGAGUGAUGUGUGGGCGUUCGGGAUACUGCUGUACGAGAUCUGUACACUCGGAGGUAAUCCCUAUCCAUUACUUUCGACCAAUGGCCUGAUUGUCGAACUGAAAAAAGGUUACCGCAUGGAAAAACCGGCAAGCUGCAAUAGAGAGCUAUAUGAUUUGAUGCUGUCCUGUUGGAAUGCGCUUCCUGUCGAAAGACCUAGCUUUACCAACAUCAAAACACGGCUGGAAACAUUGGCGAGACAGAGCAAAGAGAGCAAUAAAACUGUGAUUGAUUUAGAUUCCAUCAUCGAUGUACACUGUUCUAAAGGGUCUCCAUCAUCAUCGGAUGAACGAUCCUACUUAAAACCUCUAGAGUAUUAAAAAUUGAUCAAAAAGGUGAGUAAUUGACACAACCCCGCUAUAGUGGAAAAUUGUCAACGCUGUGUAUUUUUUAUAUUUUGAAAAAUAUAUUUUUUAAAUAAA